AUGAGUGACCAUGCUCACGAGCACAGUCUCGCCAGCGAACCCGUCGGCUAUGGCAACAACCAGUUCGCCGAGUCUGCUAUGGAGUCCACGAUCAAUUCCGCUUCUCCGCUGAAACGCAGUACACGUGCCUGUACAGCUUGCCGCAAGGGGAAGAACAGAUGUGAAGGCAUGGAAGACCCGCCUUGCAAGCGUUGCAAAGCCGGCAACCUGGAAUGCAAGUUCGAGAGACCCCUCAAAGACUCUCAAGCAGGUCUAUCACAACGUGUCAUCCAUCUCGAAACGCACAUAGAGCAGCUCCAGAAUCAGAACCAUCAGCUCAUACAACACCUCGACGCUCUCGAAAAGUUCAUCCAACAGGCCCUGCCCAAGUUCAAAACGACCCACCCUGUGACGGUCGGGGCAGCCCUCGCUGGCGCUACUUCAGCUGCUCCUGCCGCUGAAGGUGUAUAUGAUCCGUCACUCCAUCAGGUCUCAAGCUAUCGCGACAGUGAUGAUCUCAGCACUUCCAACGGCAACCUCAAGCGAGCUCGUAUCGAUCAAAAAGGUGGAUUCGACGUCCUUGCAGAAGCGGCAUCUCAAGCCGCGCCCGCUGGACCAAUCUGA